AUUGGGCUCCCGCGUCGGUCGGAUCCCGGGUCAUGGCGGUCCGGGGGCCCGCGCCCCGGGCUGGCGCCCGGCCCAGGUUAGAUCUGCAAUUUUUCCAGCGGUUCCUGCAGAUACAGAAGGUUUUGUUUCCCUCUUGGUCAUCACAGAAUGCCUUGAUGUUCCUGACCCUUUUGUGUGUGGCCCUACUGGAACAACUGGUGAUCUACCGGGUUGGCUUGAUUCCCAGUCAGUACUUUGGGGUCCUAGGAAACAAAGAUUUAAAUGGGUUUAAGACCCUGACAUUCCUGGCUGUUGUGCUCAUCGUCCUCAACUCCAUGCUGAAGAGCUUUGACCAGUUCACCUGCAACCUGCUGUAUGUGAGCUGGAGGAAGGACCUCACCGAGCACCUCCACCGCCUCUACUUCCGGGGCCGCGUGUACUAUACCCUCAACGUGCUGCGGGAUGACAUCGAUAACCCGGACCAGCGCAUCAGCCAGGACGUGGAGCGGUUCUGCCGGCAGCUCAGCAGCAUGGCCAGCAAGCUGAUCAUCUCCCCCUUCACCCUCAUCUACUACACCUAUCAGUGCUUCCAGAGCACCGGCUGGCUCGGGCCUGUGAGCAUCUUUGGGUAUUUCAUUCUGGGAACCGUGGUGAACAAGAUGUUGAUGGGUCCCAUUGUGGCAAAACUGGUGCAGCAGGAGAAGCUGGAGGGGGAUUUCAGGUUCAAGCACAUGCAGAUCCGGGUGAAUGCUGAGCCUGCUGCUUUUUUCAGAGCUGGGCACGUGGAGCACAUGAGGACAGACCGCAGGCUGCAGAGACUCCUUCAGACCCAGAGGGAGCUGAUGUCCAAGGAGCUCUGGCUGUACAUCGGCGUCAACAUGUUUGACUAUCUGGGCAGCAUCCUGAGUUAUGUCGUGAUCUCAAUCCCCAUUUUCAGCGGCAUCUACGGAGACCUGAGCCCCACAGAGCUCAGCACCCUGGUCAGCAAGAACGCCUUUGUGUGCAUGUACCUCAUCAGCUGCUUCACCCGGCUCAUCGAUCUCUCCACCACUCUCUCCGAUGUGGCAGGCUACACACACAGGAUCGGGGAGCUUCAGGAGACCCUGCUGCACAUGACCCUGAAGUCACGGGAUGGGGAGAUCCUGGACGAGAGCGAGUGGGACUUGGCCAGGGCCCCGGGAUGGCCAGCAACAGAGCGAACAGAUACAGCUUUUCUCCUUGAGCGGGUCUGCAUCUCCGCCCCCUCCUCUAACAAACCCUUAAUCAAGGAUCUGAGCCUGAAGAUCUCUGAGGGGCAGAGCUUGCUUAUCACAGGCAACACGGGCACCGGCAAGACCUCCUUGCUCCGGGUUCUGGGUGGCCUCUGGGCGAGCACAUGGGGCUCAGUGCAGAUGCUGAUGGACUUUGGACCGCACGGGGUGCUGUUCCUGCCACAAAAGCCAUUCUUCACUGACGGGACCCUUCGGGAGCAGGUGAUAUAUCCCUUGAAGGAGAUCUAUCCGGACUCAGGUUCUGCUGAUGAUGAGAGGAUCAUGAGGUUCCUGGAGUUGGCAGGCCUGUCCAGCUUGGUGGCAAGGACAGAGGGUCUGGACCAGCAGGUCGAUUGGAACUGGUAUGAUGUUCUGUCCCCAGGAGAGAUGCAGAGGCUCUCCUUUGCCCGGCUCUUCUACCUGCAGCCGAAGUAUGCAGUGCUUGAUGAAGCCACCAGUGCCCUGACCGAGGAGGUGGAGAGCGAGCUCUACCGCAUCGGCCAGCAGCUGGGCAUGACGUUCAUCAGCGUGGGCCAUCGGCGCAGCCUUGAGAAGUUUCACUCCUUGGCUCUGAAACUCUGUGGAGAAGGAAGGUGGGAGCUGACCAGAAUCAAAGUGGAAUGA